GAGAAGAUAAUGCAUUAUCAAGUGGAGCCAUGGGGCUACUACAUGCGUUUCCGGAGCAUGGAAGAUCAAAUGGAAAGAGUGUUGAGGCUGGCUUCCCAGAGUGCUGUGGUCAUAUUCAGUAUCAGUAGCUGUUGCAUGUGCCAUGCUAUGAAGACACUCUUCUGUGGCAUGGGUGUUAACCCAACGGUGCAUGAGCUUGACCAUGAUCCAAAAGGAAAAGAGAUGGAGAGAGCAUUGACGAGGCUACUUGGAAAUUCAAAUGGGGUUCCUAUUGUGUUUAUUGGAGGCAAGCUAGUUGGAUCCAUGGACAGGGUUUUGGCUUUCCACAUAAAUGGUACCCUUGUCCCACUUCUCAAAGAAGCUGGAGCUUUGUGGCUUUGA